UUUGAUUAAAGCUGUAGGGAAACGGUGACUAAUCCCUUUCCCCCUAGUCUACGAGCUCUGGAUUUCUCUGGUAUCUGAGUUUCGCGGGGAAAGUGACAGUUCUUGCAUUAAAAGAGAGCAGCCCCGCUUUCCGCAGAAGUUUAUCACACGCACUUCCAUUGAAAUGGUAACGGGUCAAGGAGGUCCGCAGCGGGAUAAUGCUACACAGCAGGAAGGCAGAUAGAAAGCUACCGCUAAGAGAGAAACUAGUCCAAGCUAACUGCAGAGGUUUAUUGCUGAUCAAAAGAAAGCAGCAGCUGAAACAAUCUUACACUUCUACAAGGUGAGAUGUUACUGCAGCUGGGGAUGAUUGACUCCCCUUUAGGCUGUAUUGUUUAGCAGGAACGAAUACCUAACAUGACUGCGUGCAAAUAUUGUAGAGUUUGAAACUACUGCACCGAUCAUUGUUUUUCGAGGGGAGUAGGCAAUCAAACGAUUAUUUGCUGUGUGUUUUCAUUGUGCAUUUCAGGGGGUUGUCAAUUACAGCUGUCAAACAAGGGUUUCUUUUGAGUCUGUCCUUUAUUUUUUUAACCAGUCCUUUUCGCUCUUGUUGGCGCACGGCUGCAAGCACAUUGAUUGUUGGUUGUUCACGCCUGACUUCACCCUAGGGACACACGUGCUCUUGGACGUUUUAUAGAAAAUCAAAAAUAAAAAAAUCAGCCUAAAACAUUUUCAAAAGGAAGGAAAAGGUCACGUCAAACUGGCGAGGAAUUUCUCUAGGAGGAGGGUGGCUGCGGCUACCAGCAAAGAGGCCACCUGCACCCUGUGUUCCAUUGGAACGGAGCCUGCAGAAAGCUGGUUUAGCUCCUCGGUGGGGACUAUCCCCUGAUUAUCCUGCAGGCGGCGCUUUUAGGUAUUUACCGUGCCUCCCCACCAGACCAAAAGAAAAAAGUCCCUAGGAGAAGCGGCUCAGCCACACACCAGGGAGGGAAAGACAGACAGAACUGAUCGUGCGGAGAAGCUGACAGAACAAACCAGCGCGCAAGACAAUCCAAGGGGUGAUCUUCGAUGCGAGGUAUCUCUUCUGUGCAAGAGGUGCCUUAAUACCGGAGAGCGGAUCUCCUGGGCAGGAAAGCAUCAACUUCAGCUUAUUUGUGUUCUUUUCCCUCUGAUGUUCAUGCCUCGCAGUUUCUCUUCCAACAGGAAACAUUUCAUGGAGAGGGAUUGUUACUUUUUGCAGUCGGCAUGGGAUACUCAGGAAGAGUAAUGAGACGCCACAAUAAACAACCAGGGAGGAAUUUGCCACUCAUCUGUUGCACUAAAGCGAAGCUACAGGCGCUGUCUCCUUGGCUGGAAGUGUUGAAGACCACCUGAAUUGGGGGAGAGUGUUUGAAAGAUGAAGAGAAUAACAUAGACAUGGGGAAAAGUGGAUGAGGUGGGCGACUGACAAAAAAAAAAAAAAUCCUAAACGGAUUUAAUUUAUAAAUGGAAUUGAAAUGUGCCCUGAUAACAGUUGAAGUAAAAACGCUGGAUAGCAACGCAUGCAUAUAAACCAAAGACAAAGUAUUAGAAUGGCAUAAAAUAUGGCCCAGUUCUAUUACAAAAGAAGCGUCAAUGCCCCUUACAGAGACCGCAUCCCCCUUCGUAUAGUGCGAGCAGAGUCUGAACUCUCCCCUGCCGAGAAAGCCUACUUGAAUGCUGUGGAGAAAGGAGAUUAUGCUAGUGUGAAGAAAGCUCUGGAGGAAGCCGAAAUUUAUUUCAAGAUCAAUAUUAAUUGCAUUGAUCCUCUUGGAAGAACAGCUCUCCUUAUUGCAAUUGAAAAUGAGAACCUGGAACUCAUUGAGCUGCUCUUAAGUUUUAAUGUGUAUCUCGGAGAUGCGCUGCUGCAUGCCAUACGAAAGGAGGUCGUUGGAGCUGUGGAACUUUUAUUAAAUCACAAAAAGCCGAGUGGGGAGAAACAGGUGCCACCAAUACUGCUGGAUAAGCAGUUCUCAGAAUUCACACCAGACAUUACACCCAUUAUUUUGGCUGCCCAUACGAACAAUUAUGAGAUCAUAAAACUUCUUGUACAGAAGGGGGUUUCUGUACCUAGACCACAUGAAGUCCGCUGCAACUGUGUUGAAUGCGUCUCAAGCUCAGAUGUGGACAGCCUUCGCCAUUCUCGAUCCAGACUCAACAUUUACAAGGCUCUGGCAAGUCCAUCUUUGAUUGCGUUGUCCAGUGAGGAUCCUUUCCUUACAGCAUUUCAACUCAGUUGGGAGCUUCAGGAACUGAGUAAGGUAGAAAAUGAGUUUAAGUCGGAAUAUGAAGAGCUGUCGCGUCAAUGCAAGCAAUUUGCAAAAGACCUCCUGGAUCAGACACGGAGUUCCAGGGAAUUGGAAAUUAUUCUCAAUUACAGAGAUGACAAUAGCUUGAUAGAAGAACAGAAUGGUAAUGAUCUUGCACGAUUGAAGCUGGCAAUUAAGUACCGACAAAAAGAGUUUGUUGCCCAGCCCAACUGUCAGCAGCUGCUUGCAUCCCGCUGGUACGAUGAGUUCCCAGGCUGGAGGAGGCGGCAUUGGGCAGUGAAGAUGUUGACAUGUGCCGUGAUUGGACUCCUUUUCCCUGUCUUCUCUGUGUGCUACCUGAUCGCUCCCAAAAGCCCAUUAGGGCUGUUCAUCAAAAAGCCAUUUAUCAAAUUUAUCUGUCAUACUGCAUCGUACUUGACUUUUCUGUUUCUGUUGCUCCUUGCCUCUCAGCACAUCGACAGGUCGGACUUGAACAUGCAGGGGCCACCUCCAACCGUUGUCGAGUGGAUGAUAUUACCGUGGGUCCUGGGUAAAUGUAUUACUAAAGAAAAUAUAGUGGAAAAUGUUAAAUUCAGACAUAUUUUGUGA